AUGGAUCUACCACUACAAGCGGUGGGCCGCGAAGAUGCUCAAAGAGAUAGGCGACAAGCUGCCGAUCGGGGAUUAACUUGGCACGUCGACGAGAUCGGGCACUGGAUCCACUGCAACAAGAGCAAGGAUUGGGACAACUCGAAGGUGGUCAAACAGAAGCACAUCUGGCUGCACGGCCCCAAGGUCACUCAGACGCGGCUGCGCGCCUACGUCAAGUUCAUGAGGCGGGAGUUCAAGAUCGACGCCGAGACGAACGCGCCGGUGCCGUCCUACACGGUGCACAUGAUCCUCGGCCGCAUCAAGGCAUGCCAGAUGGCGGCGAGGGUGGAAGCGACGCUGUACAAGGAGAAGGAGUUGGGCAUCAUGCGAGAAAUCUCGGUUGUCCGGUCGGAGAUGCGGGUCAUGGUCCGCACCAAAAACCAGAGGGACAUCAAUAAUUGCGCCGACCGUCGACGCGGCACCAUCGGCGACACAUACACCGCCGAACAGUUCCGCCAGAUCAUGACGAGGGUGCUGCCGGCUUGGGCGGCGUCGGCAUGGAGCCCGCAUUUCACCACUCCCUCGCAGACGCUGUGGAGGUUCCUUCUCGUCAAGGUGCUCACACUGCUCUCCCACCACAGCCUCAUGCGCGGUGCAAGCAUCCGCGAUAUCACGCUCCCCGACAUCUUCUUGUACCGACUGGCGAGCACCUCGUCGGUAAACCCGGAUAACCAGCCGGUCGUCAUGGUGGUCGCCGCGCGGAACUCGAAGACGUCGAAGGAUGCGCGUCUUCAGCAGAGCUACGCCGCGCGGCACCUCGAAGCGGAAUUGUGCGCCGUCGGCGAGACCGGACUGUGGCUACACUUCAUCCUCGACCAGAUCGGCCAGUUUCACGGCGUCGACCUCAUUCCGCCGGUCGACACCAGCACACGCGAGCGCUGGUACAAGAAGCACCUGUUCUUUGCCCGCAACGACCCCGAGCAGGGCGAACUCUCCGCUGCCAGCCACCAGCGAUGGACGAGGCAGAUGUGGAAGACGAACGGGGUGUUCUGCAAGCGGAACGUCAAUGCCGCUCGGGCAGGCGGGGCGCAGGAGCUGGCCAUCAACGGUACGCCUCGCGCCGAGAUAGCCGAGCUGGGUCACUGGGCUCUCGACAAGAUGACUCGAGCCUACAUCACAGCCAUUCCCGUCGGCGUGGUGAUGAAGAAGGCCGGCUAUUCGGGCUACACGCAGGACUACUUCUUGGGGCGCAGCAGGCAUCGCAUGGCACUGUACUUUCAACCACGGUAA